GGCCCCGCCUCCCGGGGCGAGAGAGAGGUCGCUGAGGCUGUCGGGUGGCCUCCAGACGACGCCUUCUGCAGAAGGAGACGGCGGGUGUUGCUGCGCCGAGCGGGAUGGUCGGGUGGGAGAAAGGGCUCCGGAUCCACUUUGAGCCGGGGAGCUGCUGGCUCGAGGAGGAGGAUGUUGACAUCCCUAACAGACGGGUUCUGGUUACUGGGGCCACUGGGCUCCUUGGUAGAGCUGUGUAUAAGGAAUUUAAAGAGAAUCGGUGGAAUGCGGUCGGUUGUGGGUACAGUAGAGCACGUCCGUUGUUUGAGCAAGUUAAUCUUCUGGAUGCCACUGCUGUUCAUAACCUAAUCCAGGGUUUUCAGCCUCAUGUGAUAAUACAUUGUGCUGCUGAGAGAAGGCCAGAUGUUGUGGACAGUCAACCAGAUGCUGCUUCUCGGCUCAAUGUGGUUGCUUCAGGAAACAUAGCAAAAGAAGCAGCACAAGUAAGAGCAUUUCUGGUCUACAUUAGUACAGACUAUGUAUUUGAUGGAACAGAUCCACCCUAUAAGGAGAACGAUGUACCGAAUCCUCUAAAUCUGUAUGGCCGAACUAAAUUAGAGGGUGAAAAGGCAGUUCUACAGAACAAUAAAGAUGCUGCUGUGCUUAGAAUUCCUAUUUUAUAUGGAGAAGUUGAGCGACUGGAUGAAAGUGCAGUGACAGUUAUUUUUGAUAAAGUACAAUUCAACAAUAAAUCAGCCAACAUGGACCAUUGGCAGCAGAGGUUUCCCACCUAUGUUAAAGAUGUAGCCAGUGUCUGCAGACAGCUUGCAGAGAAGAGAAUGCAGAAUCCAUCCAUAAAAGGAACAUUCCACUGGUCUGGUAAUGAGCAGUUGACUAAGUUUGAAAUGGCCCGUGCUAUGGCUGAUGCAUUCAAUCUUCCCAGUAGCCACUUGAGACCAAUUACGGAUGGCCCGGUGGUGGGUGCGCUUCGUCCCAAGAAUGCUCAGCUUGAUUGCUCCAGACUUCGUAUGUUGGGCAUUGAACAGCACACUCCCUUUCGGGUUGGAAUUAAGGAAUCCCUUUGGCCUUUCCUGACCGACAAGAGAUGGAGACAGACUGUCUUCCAUUAGUUUGUAAAUAUUGUAGUGUAUGUAUGGGAUGAGACACGUUUUAAAAAAAUGCAGGGGAAAAGACUAGUUUUGUAUUGAGUGUUGUAUGUUUGAGACUUAAUUCAAUCAGGUAAAAAUAUGGUCUUGCACUAGUGAAACUGCAAGGGGCACUGGCAAGCAAAGAAAUGUGUUUGGAAUUGCUUUCUGUUUUGCCAUACAAAAAUAUCUAGUGCUUUAAUUUUGGCAGCCAUCAGUAAUAGUUGAAUAAAAGAUCUGUUUCUUCUCUUUUGCAAAGUCGAGGUGUGUGUGUGUGUGUGUUUCCAUUAGCUAUGCAGAAUUUCCUUUAACAUACAUUCCCUUAAUUGCCAAAAAGAAAAAGAAGAAAGUUAAAGCAUAGUGCAUUUGUAUUUCAUUUUGGAAGCUAUUUUCUUGUGCUUGAUAUUGAAAUAGAAAGCAUUGGAGAUUGCAUUGCUUUAGCUAUCAUAAAAUAACAGUAUAUUUUUUCAGCUAAUAUAUAGUUUUGAUGCUUCAAAGAAUUUAACAAUGUUUUGCACUUGAGAAGUCUUGCAGUUUUUUUAUAUUAGUCGACAUAGGUUACUGACCUUUCUCACAGACGCAUGCUUCUGUAUACACAGUAAUCUGCUUAAUCAGACUUCCUCUUUUGUCUGUUGGAAGCAUGAAAUGUGGAUGUUCUCUUUGCCUUUUGCUGGCUGGAAUUUUACCUUGGAUCCCAUUAAAUCCAGACAAGUAUUAAAUUAAUAAUUCGAAUAUAACAUCUGAUUCUUCAUAUUUUAGUUCAGUUAGGAGAGCUAUAACAAUAGAAGUAUUCUCAGCAGUUCCUUCGCCAAAACAUAAAAGCAGGUGGUUUAGCUGAUUUAGAAGCCUAUAUUUAUCCUCUUUAUAAGAACCACAAAAAAGUGUAUGUUGGAAACACUUAAUACUUCUUAUCCUGAAUAUCCAGUUUCUAAUAUAGUGCUGUGUAAAUUUUGUGUUCUUGCUUCUGUGUUGGAAGUGUUGGAGUAUAUGUUAUAAAGUCUUCUUGCUUAAAACAAAACAAGCAAGCAAAAUAAAUCCCUCAAGGCAGCUUUUGGCAAUGCAUUUUCAUUUUUCUAUCCUUCCUGCAACUUGUCAUCACCCGAUUUUUCAAGGUAAAACAUUCACAGAAGAACUAUAGUUGACUUUUUGACAUUCCUCACUUUUGUAUUUUGGAGACCACUUCUGUUGUCAGUUUCUUCCCAUAUUCUAACUUUGUCUUAGUCUGAAAUCUUGAUGCACACUUGAUAAGUUAAAAAUAAAAUAUGGUAUUAAAGGUG